AUGUUUUGUUUAACUUUCCUGAUUUUUGUUAGCACAGCCACUGCUUUGGACCUUCCAAACAGAGGGCAAUUUGACUUAGAAGACAUAGACGUACAUAAACUAUACAACCAGUACGUCCAAGAACAUGGGAAAGUAAUAAAACCCGAAGAGUACCCGAAGAGACUCGAGGCUUUCAAGAAAAGCUUACAAGACAUCAGAGAACGCAACGCGAAGUAUCCGCAAGUGGAGUACGGGCUCGACCGGUUCUCUCAUCUGACGGCCGAGGAGAAGCAGCGGUACUUCAUGGAGCUGCCUCAUGAUGAGACCCUGGAAGGUCUGAUGACGACGCUGGAGUACGCUCCUGAAGCGAUCACGGCUCCUGAGGAGUGGGACUGGCGGGAACACAAUGCUGUCACUCACGUGAAGGACCAAGGAGAUUGUGGUAGUUGCUGGAUUUUUAGCGCAAUUGGGAACAUGGAAGGGCAGUACGCAAUAAAAUAUAAGAAAUUGAUUCCUUUUUCGGAACAACAGAGCCUGGAUUGCGUCAAACCUGUCAUUUGGAAUAACAACUGUGACGGGGGGUGGCCACAUCACAACUUGGACGGCUACAAGAGCGGCAUUAUGUUCCCCCAUGCUUGCAAACAUUUCUUGAAUCACGCCGUACUAAUAGUCGGGUACGGUAUAGAAAACGGUACCAAGUAUUACGUCAAGAACUCCUAUGGGGAGAAAUGGGGAGAAAAUGGCUACUUCCGCAUUCUACGAGGGGUGGGGGCGUGUGACAUAGGUAUACGGUACACUGCCACUGCGACCGUCAGAGAACUGCAGAGCCAUCUCGCAUAACUAACUAAUCGUUCAUUUCAAACUAGAGAUGGACCCGUUCAUACAGCGUGUGGAUUCUAUACGGGCGUAUAAUGUAUCCGGUUAUAG